UUCACGCGCAACCCUGCCGAUGGGUCAACGGGCAUCGUCGCCGGCGGCGGUCUCUACCGAAGCGUUCGGUAUCGUACCGUCCGCACCACGAAAAAGCAUUGGAGGUGGCAGACGAAUCCAACAGUCUGCACAGGACGUCGACCCUCCGUCGCGCAAGGAGCGACUGGCGGUGUGCGCACCGCUGUUGUCUGAGAUUCGGUCAUGGCUAUUCGUCGCUGGUCACAGAGUUCAAUGGCCGCAGCAGCCGCAUUGCUUGGUCAAUUUGGCGUCCGAAGUACCAUUCGAACCCGUGAACCCACCACCAGCGAACAUUCGACAUGUAUUGACUUUGGCAUUGCGGGACGGCGCGACGCAAGAAAUCGUGCCAUUCCUUCCCCGUGUUUUGGAUGCAGUUCAAACGGCGAGAUCAGCAAAGGACAACAUUAUCGUGUUGUGCCAACAAGGCGUGAGUAGAUCGUGCGCAACCGCCAUUGCAAUCCUCAUGUGCCGGGAAUCUCUGUCGUACGAACAGGCAUUUGCCCAGGUGAAAGCAGCACGCGAUGUAUGCAGCCCAAACGCAGGGUUCAUCUGCCAACUCAUGGAACUGCAUGCCCAACGCCUAGACCCCGCCAAGCGACCUCAAGUGUUCCGAUAUGUGCCUCACGCACUGCACGACCUCACCACCAAGGUCCUCAAACCUUGCUGGUUCUCCCCGCACACUAGAAUCCAUGCCCCUCCUUCGCACGUCCAACGCCGAUCCAGCUGCAUUUACCUCUACCCUGUCGAUUCUUUGAUGGCGUAUCUGUGGCGCGGACAAGAUGCCAAGGAAGCCGAUGUGGCUUUAGCUACACAAGACUUUCACAAGUGGUAUCUCCACUUGUGGAGUGAACCAAACCUGCCGAACAUUGUAGUGCAGUGGGAGGGCCGAGAAAGCACGGCGUUCUUGGCUUGGAUACAGUCAUCAAGAUCGGAAGGCGCCAUCCUAGUCGACUAUGAUGAUGUGGCGUGGAGUACGCCUUCUCUUGUACACCAAGACGAGGACACAACGGCUUCGGCAGGUUCGUCACUGCAUCCGUUGCCCUCGAACGCGAAACCUCAAUUUCGGGUGAUGGAAUCCGUGGACGAUGAAUCGUGGGAGCUGUUGCGCGACUACGACAGCAGCGACCUGUUGCCGCAUCUCGUGGGUUGGUUACAUGUCCCCGGCGACUGCGAUUAUAUCUGGAUCGGGGACGCGUGCGACAGCAAUUGGACGGACGAGGACCUGGUGGAAAGGGUGCAGCGCGACGCUUCCGUCUCGGCCGGUCCUGUCAAAGUCGUUCGGGGCAAGGAGGAGUCGGACGAGUUUUGGACAGCAUUUGAACUAGGGUAUUGAUCAAGGUCACGUUUUGAUUGGUUAAAAUGUACUAUAUAAAACGGUAUGAU